CGUCUUGCAGCGAAGGCGGAGAUCUCGGCGGCGGCGGCGAAGCAGCGAAGUCGGAGAUCACGACGGCGGCGACCUUGCACUAACUCGGAGAUCUCGGCGGCGACGACUCUGCAGCAAACUCGGCGGCGGCAAUCUCGGCGGCAUCGAUCUUGUCGGCGGCGACGAAGCAGCGAUCUCGGCGGCGGCGGUUUGCAGGUGACUCGGGUUCUUGAUCAAGUGAUUUAUCUAUGGCAAAGACUAAAACGAGCGGGAAAAGAGCGCCACCGACUUCACCCCCUCCACCACCACCACCGCGACAGCGAGAGGAAGAUGAGGAAGAAGAAAAUGCUGAAUCCGAAGCAGAAGGAGCUGCACAACAAGAUGAUGAAGUCGAAGCAGAAACAGCUGCACAAGGAGCAGCUCGAGGUCGGAAAAAUCGGA